CCUCUUCUUCGCUUCAGUCAACUUUUUUUUCCCGCAGCUGAUCCCAAACAUGGCGGACGGCGAGGAGGACCGCAGCCUGUUGGAAGCGGAGGAAGAUGAUGACGAUUCCAUAGCCGAAACACCGGCGAGCGGUGGGGCCAGGAGACCGCUCCCUGCCAUCUGCGACCCGGCACACUUUUUACACAGGAUCGUUGUCCUCUUUUUCAUGUGUUUCUUGGGAUUCGGAAGCUACUUCUGUUAUGACAACCCUGCUUCUCUUCAGACUCAAGUCCUCCAGGAUUUGAGCCUGAACACAGCUACGUUCAUGCAGCUGUAUGCUUGGUACUCGUGGCCCAAUGUCAUUCUCUGUUUCUUUGGUGGCUUCUUGAUUGACAGAGUCUUUGGCAUCAGGCUAGGAACCAUCAUCUUUUCUCUUUUUGUUUGUGUUGGACAGAUCAUCUUUGCUACUGGAGCGUUGCUGAACCUCUUUUGGUUGAUGGAAAUUGGACGUUUUAUAUUUGGAAUUGGAGGCGAGUCCCUGGCCGUGGCCCAGAACACGUAUGCAGUCAACUGGUUUAAAGGAAAGGAGCUCAAUCUAGUGUUUGGUCUUCAGCUGAGCAUGGCUCGCUUGGGCAGCACAGUCAAUAUGAACAUCAUGGGCUGGGUGUACAGCAAAGUGGCUGUCCUUGUCGGCGCUCCGGGUUACACCACUCUUGGCGCCUCACUCAUGAUAGCUGCUGUAACCUGCAUUUUCUCACUAAUCUGUGCUUUGGUGUUGGCAUUCCUCGACAGAAGAGCAGAAAAAAUCCUCCAAAAGGAGCAGGGCAAAACAGGUGAGGUCGUUAAACUGACCGAUGUGAAAGACUUCCCCUUACCCCUGUGGAUCAUCUUCAUCAUUUGUGUUUGCUACUACGUGGCUAUCUUCCCCUUUAUUGGACUGGGACAGGUCUUUUUCAUCCAGAAGUUCAACUUUUCCCCUGCUGAAGCCAGAGCUGUCAAUAGUAUUGUUUACAUCAUCUCAGCGCCUGCGUCUCCUGUUUUGGGCUUCAUGGUGGACAAGACGGGGAAAAACGUGAUUUGGGUGAUGUGUGCUGUGUGCACCACGCUCGCCUCUCACAUGAUGCUGGCUUUCACCUUCUGGAACCCGUGGAUCGCCAUGUCAUUGCUGGGUGUGUCAUACUCCCUCCUGGCAUGUGCCCUAUGGCCCAUGGUUGCCUUUGUGGUGCCUGAGCAUCAACUAGGGACGGCCUAUGGCUUCAUGCAGUCCAUUCAAAACCUGGGACUUGCAAUCAUUGCCAUGGCAGCAGGAGCCAUCCUAGACAAACAAGGAUACCUGGUUCUCCAAGUCUUUUUCUGUAUCUGCAUAUGUAGUUUCUUUUGUCUUGCAGUUGCAUUGGUGGCUGUGGUGACACUUUACUUUGUCGAUUAUCUAAGAGGAGGAGAUUUAAACCGGUCAGCAACUGCCAGAGCCAAACUCCAGAAAGAAGCCACUUCAGAUGCAGAAUAAUAAUGAUGAUGACGAUGAUGAUGAUGUUGAGGGACGGCACUCAGUCUUGAGCGUACAGGGCCAGCUGGCUGCAUUGUCCACCCCUGCUGUCAGUCAUGGAACGUGGGGGCGGGACUGCGCCACUGACUCCGCCCACCACCGUCAUCAGUGGCGCUUCAACACCAAACCUGAAUGUCUGGAUAUGAUAUUUGCUUGUGUUAACGUGAAGGACACAUUUAAGCGGCAUUUUUUAAAUUCUGUUUUGCCUCAUUUUUUGUUUUUCUUCGGUUUAAAAAGAAAGUUGAGUGGCUUGAACUUCUUUAUAGCCUUUUUGUAUCAGAAUGGAAAAGUUCCUGACAAUCCUUAACAAUCCAUGAAAGCUUCAAUAACCGUAUUAGUUUUAUGUGUACUCCACAGUACUUUUUAAAUGUGUUUAUGUGUCAUGUUGUCUUUUGUACAUAUCAUUGAUGAGUAUUUGCAGUAUUUUCUGGCCUCUGCUCAGACAAAGUGAGUUGUUUUAAUUUGGUGGAUACAAGAGCAUUUGUUCUUUUUAAAUGUUAAAAACUACCAACAUCAAUUUUCCCAAUUGUUUCAUUUGCUCCUGACUGGUUUAGGGGUACUUUGAGUGAAACAUGAGGCACUUUUGUCUACGUUUAACCACUAUGCCAUUUUAUAUUUUUAAGAAUACAUGUCCUUUUAAGGACUGCAUUUUCGCUGUUCAAAACUUGAGCUAUUUUUGUCAAACCAAGUAACAUUUUUGAUAAAAGAUGAUUGAUAUAAAA